AUGGAUAAGAUAUUAAACGUUAUGAAAACUUUACUUAAGUUACGUAUUCCAUAUCUUUCAAAGGAAAAUAAAUGUAAUUCCAUCAAGCAUAACGAAGAAGCCGAAUUUCGUAUGGCGAUUUAUUUGAAACAAUUCAAAAAAUGGACACCUAACACCGGUAAUACAUAUUUUGAUUAUCAAGAAAGAAGAAAGACCAUUCGAAAUUUAGCCAAAAUUUGUUUUAAGUGGAACAUACAAGAGAAGAAUACAAUAUUGGAAUUAUUACAUCAAUUACUCAAGCAUGAUACGUAUGUUUAUCAUCUUUUUAUUAAUCUUCCCAGUGUUUUACGGUUUAAAAACGAUCCGAAUGAAAAUGAAAAGUAUGCACACCUCAAUUAUUUCUUGUUGCAAACUAAUAGAUUACGGGUCAUUUUUGGAGAUGAAAAUCUUCGAUUUGUCGAAACAGCAUUCUACAUUAGAUACCGUUCACAAAGUCCUAAACUCUGUCUUGGAGCAAUUCUUAACUGUCAUCCAACCUUUCUCCUUCUUUUAUUGCAACACGGGGCAUUAAUUAAAUGGAUUCAUGAUAUAAGAGAGUGUAAUACAAAUCGUAACGAUUACAAAUAUCUAAUUUAUUUAAUACUUUUAUUAUGGAGAGAAAAAAAAUUUAGGUACGAUAAUAUAGAAUUGGUGAAUGUGAUAAGCACAUCGGAUCCCGUACCUGAACUCAUUUCGAAUGCCAAUUUGUUACUAAGAGAGGUGCCAAAAUUGAAGAAUGUGUGCAAAUUAUAUGAUAUGAAAGAAUAUACCUAUAAUUUUCGAUAUGAAGUAUUAAUAGUGCCACAUAUUGUAGAUAGUUUUCAUAAAUUAUUACCAUCGUUAAUAGAAAGGUACUUGAAGCCUGCUAAAUUACAGCAUUUAUGUCGAUGCGUUAUCAGAUAUUGUCUUUGGUUGAAUUGGAAAUUGCCACAAGGAAUCGAAUUAUUACCCUUGCCAAUAUUUUUAAAGAAUUACAUCAAUUUAUUAAUUGAUUAAUAACGUGUUUAUAUUGCAAAUUUAUUUGUUUAAUUUCUCUAACUUGCAAGACACAGUGCAAAUUUCCAAAAUUUUAUUUCGUCAUAUUGUACAAGUUAAAUUUCCACAAUAA